AUGCUAUAUACUAGGUUUCUCGUUAUUGGGCUUUCAGGCUUGCUCUCUACCGCUACCGGUCUAUCCCUGGAUGCAAAGUGCAAACAUCAUGUUCCGCCUCCUAACCUGCAUGAAGUUCCUCUGCUUGUUGACUUGAUCCGAGACUUCCAUCUCUAUCCUUUUUGCGCUGAAUACAUUCAUAAGCCGGAGUUCCCCCAUACCACGACAAAAAUUAUCGGAACUGCGACCAAGACGAUUACCACUCAUGUACAAGUUACCGACACAGUAACACAUACUUCCGCUAGUGGUACGGUAGAUGUCACAGAUACAACUACUCUCACAGUGAUAGUCACAUAUACUGCCGCGACGGCUACAGUUCCCGAUACUACCACGGUCUCGUCGACAACGACUGUUACAAUCACCCCUAACACAAUAACUUCAUUAGCUUUCCCUACUCCUACCGGUUUCGAAGCCAAGCGAGAUGUGCGGCCUGGACUUGACGAGCAUGGAAGAGACCCCGUUCCCGCACCGCUACACGGAGCACCAGACAAUUUGCUCUCGGAAGCCUGCUUGUCGGCCCUUGCUACCCGGACAUUCACUAUUUAUACUCGGAGCACAACAGUAUCAACUCAGACUGUCACGAAGACUGCCACUGCAGUAGAUACAGCCUUCACGCCUGCCACAACUGCCACCGAUAUCGUCACGGACGCUACUACAGAGAGUGUGCCCGUUACUGAAACUAUAACUUCCACUACGACCAUUACAGCGACGCCAACUGUCACAAGUACGGCCACCGCUACUGUCUCCGUCUGUCCCGAUCAGCAGAGCGUAGACGGAGGAGGAGUCCAGGCAUCAGGACAACUCAUGGAUUCUACCUCCCCAGACGCACUGCAAUGCUGCACAGCAUGUUUUGAGACCGAAGGCUGCGGGCUCUGGUUUUUCUUUCCGCCUUCUCUGUGCUUCAAUGCUGUUGAUGUCAGUGGACCAAACCCGGAUGCGCAAUGUCCCACUGGCUUUGGUCCAUAUGUCAUCUUCCCCGGCUCACCAGAUGACGGGAAUGUUGGCGGACCAGGUCCUUGCGCGGGAAGCUUUGUCGACGAUUAG